AGGGGGGAGACAGUCUUGCAAACAUUUGUUCCAUGAGUCAAUGUGGAGCUGUAUUACUGGCAAUAUACACCAUCUGACAAUUGGGAGUCAAAGGAAUUAUUUCGUAUAGGAUACUGCUAAUUACUUGCACUAAUAUACAAACUAGAAACUGCUGGCAGUUCGGUGUAUUUUCUGCGAAAUAAAAAGCGAUGGCUAAUUACAAAAAUUAAACAAGCACACAAGCAUGAGUGUGAUAUGGGCUUGACUAAUACCAACUAGACGCUUAAAUAGACGCAAACGGUACAGUUCUGUGGAUUAAGAAAGUUAGUCACUAAACCGAGAAAUAUCCAGCGACGGCCAAGGAGGGACACUGAAGUGAAUAGACACCGGGGGGAUUAAAUCUGGAGCUCCAGCAUUUGAGAACGUCCUGGCUUCCGAAUGACUGCAUAGUGUCUUUGUGAAAUCUGACUUUUUGGAGAAAGUAACCUAGCCUACUGUACGUCGGCAUAAAGUGAUAACAUACAGCCCUGCUGCCAGGCCGAGAUGAAGACGGUGAGCACAGAGGGGGUGCGCGCGAUGAUGGAGAGUGCGCUGACAGCCAGGGACCGGGUGGGGGUGCAGGACUUCGUCCUCCUGGAGAACUACACCAGCGAGGCGGCCUUCAUCGAGAACCUGCGCAAGAGGUUCAAGGAGAACCUCAUCUACACGUAUAUCGGGUCAGUUUUGGUGUCCGUGAACCCGUACAAGGAGCUGGAGAUCUAUAGUAAGCAGCACAUGGAACGAUACAGGGGCGUCAACUUCUACGAGGUUUCUCCCCACAUAUACGCGGUAUCAGACAACUCCUACCGCUCCAUGAGGACGGAGAGGAAGGACCAGUGCAUCCUCAUCUCCGGAGAGAGCGGAGCCGGGAAGACGGAGGCCUCCAAAAAGGUCCUGCAGUACUAUGCCUUCACCUGUCCCGCCAGCGAGCAGGUGCAGACCGUCAAGGACCGGCUUCUGCAGUCCAACCCCGUCCUGGAGGCUUUUGGUAAUGCUAAAACUUUGCGCAAUGACAACUCCAGCCGAUUUGGCAAAUACAUGGAUAUUCAGUUUGACUUUAAGGGAGCCCCCGUCGGAGGCCACAUCCUGAACUACCUGCUGGAGAAGUCCCGUGUGGUGCACCAGAGCCAUGGGGAGAGGAACUUUCACAUCUUCUACCAGCUGAUCGAGGGCGGGGAGGAGGACCUGCUGCGGAGGCUGGGCCUGGAGAGGAAUGCCCAGCAGUACCAGUACCUGGUCAAGGGGAACUGCCCCAAAGUGAGCUCCAUCAGCGACCGCAGUGACUGGAAGGCCGUGCAGAAAGCCCUCACCAUCAUCGGCUUCACCGAAGACGACGUGGAGGAGCUGUUGAAUAUCAUUGCCAGUGUCCUUCACUUGGGGAACAUUCAGUAUGGGGCAGAUGAGAGUGGCAAUGCCAGCAUCACCACGGAGACGCAGGUUAAAUACCUGGCCAAGUUGGUGGGGGUGGAGGGGGCAGCACUGAAGGAAGCCCUCACUCACAAGAAGAUCAUCGCCAAGGGUGAGGAGCUCGUGAGCCCACUGAACCUGGAACAGGCGGCCUCCGCACGCGAUGCCCUGUCUAAAGCCGUGUAUGGCCGCACCUUCACCUGGCUGGUCAACAAAAUCAACCACUCUCUGGCCUUCAAGGAUGAAGUGAACCACACCGAUAAGAGUGCUACAGUCAUCGGCCUCCUGGAUAUUUAUGGUUUUGAGGUCUUCCAGCACAACAGUUUUGAGCAGUUCUGCAUCAACUACUGCAACGAGAAGCUGCAACAGCUCUUUAUUGAGCUGACACUGAAGUCGGAGCAGGAGGAGUACGAGGCGGAGGGCAUCACGUGGGAGCCGGUGCAGUACUUCAACAACAAGAUCAUCUGUGACCUGGUCGAGGAGAAGUUCAAAGGAAUCAUCUCCAUUCUGGAUGAGGAGUGUCUCAGGCCGGGUGAUGCCACAGACCUCACCUUUCUGGAGAAGCUGGAGGACACUGUUGGAGGCCACGCCCAUUUUGUCACUCACAAGCUGGCCGAUGGGAAGACCCGUAAGGUUUUGGGAAGGGAGGAGUUCCGGCUGGUGCACUACGCGGGAGAGGUCAACUACAAUGUCAAUGGAUUUCUGGACAAGAACAAUGACCUUCUCUUCAGGAACCUGAAGGAGGUGGUGUGUCAGUCAGAAAACAAGAUCCUCACCCAGUGCUUUGACAGAGAAGAGCUGACUGACAAGAAACGACCGGAGACGACAGCCACUCAGUUCAAGACCAGCCUGGCCAAGUUGAUGGAAAUCCUGAUGUCUAAGGAGCCGUCGUACGUUCGUUGCGUUAAGCCCAACGAUGCCAAACAGUCAGGCCGCUUUGACGAGGUGCUGAUCCGCCACCAGGUGAAGUACCUGGGUCUGAUGGAGAACCUGCGCGUGAGGAGGGCGGGUUUUGCCUACAGGAGGCGCUAUGAGGCAUUCCUGCAGAGGUACAAGCCCCUGUGCCCUGACACCUGGCCCAACUGGCAUGGGAAGCUGUCUGACGGCGUGUCCACCCUGGUCAAACACCUCGGGUACAAGCCUGAGGAGUACAAACUGGGCAGGUCAAAAAUAUUCAUCCGUUUUCCAAAGACUCUGUUUGCCACAGAGGAUGCCUUGGAGACGCAGAAGCACACCAUUGCCACCACCCUGCAGAAGUCCUGGAGGGGCUACAGUCAGAGGUCCAAGUACCGCACAAUGAGGCAUGCUGCCAUUGUGAUCCAGUCCUGGUGGAGGGGCGUUCUGGCUCGCAGGAAGGCAAAGCAGAGGAGAGAAGCGGCCAACACCAUCCGCAAGUUCAUCAAAGGCUUCAUCUACCGCCACCAGCCACGUUGCCCGGAGAACGAGUUCUUCCUUGACUACGUGCGCUACUCCUUCCUCAUGAAGUUGCACAGGAACCUGCCCAAAACUGUCCUGGACAAGAGCUGGCCCACGUCUCCUCCAGCGCUGGCUGAGGCGUCCGAGCACCUGCGCAGUCUGUGCAUGAGGAACAUGGUGUGGUCCUACUGCAAGAAGAUCCAGCCCGAGUGGAAGAGCCAGAUGGAGCAGAAGGUGGUCGCCAGCGAGAUGUUCAAGGAUAAGAAGGAUAACUAUCCGCAGAGCGUUCCCAAACUUUUUGUGAGCACCAGACUGAACUCUGAAGACAUCAACCCCAAGGUGCUUCAGGUUCUGGGCAAUGACAGGGUGAAGUAUUGUGUUGCAGUGACCAAGUACGAUAGGAAGGGUUACCGUGCCCGGCCCCGACAGCUCCUGCUAGCUGCCACCUUUGCUGUGAUUGUAGAGGAGGCUAAGCUGAAACAGCGCAUCGAAUAUUCCACUCUGAAAGGUAUCUCUGUCAGUUCCCUGAGCGACGGCCUCUUCGUCCUGCACGUGCCCUGUGAGGACAACAAGCAGAAGGGUGAUGUGGUGCUGCAGUGCGAUCAUGUGAUUGAGGCCCUGACGAAACUGGCUAUCUGUGCCGACAAGAUGAACAACAUCAACAUAAACCAGGGGAGUAUAAAGUUCACCGUCGGCCAGGGGAAGGAAGGGGUCAUCGACUUCACCGCCGGCUCAGAGCUGCUGGUGGCUAAGGCUAAGAACGGACACCUGGCAGUGACUGCACCACGACUCAACUCUAGAUGAUGAUGUGGGUCGACCAAUCCAGACCUGCAAAUUACAGAAGGUUCCUCCUUGCUCACUGGGGCGAUAACAGCAGAUCACCCGAUCCUCGUCACUCUAGCCACUCCUCAGCCAAUCACAGCCCAGCUCUAGUCACGCCAAAGGCCUGCACAAGUAGUAAUUUUGCUUAUAUACAUAAUAAAUAGUUAUUAUGCUGCUGUUAUAAUUCCAUGUUUUAUAUUCACCAAAGAGACACAUCCAUAAACAAAUUGUAAAUGCACACAUUUAUCCAGAACCUUCUGUUCUAAGCCUGUCCAUUUGACAGUUGUGUACCAUUGAUAGGACAUGGAGGUAUGGGAGGGUGACCAGUUGGAUUCUUGAAGUCUUUGAAAUCAGGGAUGAGUACCUUGUUAACUGUCCUCCAUGGCUUUCUCUCUCAUCUUCUGUCUUCUGUCAUAUACUCUGCACAAAUGGGUUUUUUUUUGUAAAAUGUAAUAACAACCACCCCACACGCACACACACAAAUACAUGCACAAACACACACAUAUACAUAUAUAACCCCAUUUUUAUAAUGCUAUUGCAAAUUUCUAGUUUUUAUUAUGUUGUAGUUUGAAGCUGACAUUGUCAUUCAGAGGUUGAGAGAUGGAGAAAAUUUGUUGAGAGAUUAAGUGAAUUUUUAUUUUGUAUUGCCCCUCCCCUUCCAAAUAAUGUGCCUUAGAUAAAGUGAUUCCAGUUGUUUCUUAUAUUUAUAUUUUGUUAAUAUCGAUCGAGACAUAUUUAUCAGUGAGUAGAUAUGUUUUUUCGGGAUGACAGAGAAAUCAACUUGUCUCUUCCCUUUCUCAGGUGUCUUGGAAAUGUGUAUAUGGGCACAGGCAUAGGGCACACACACACACACACACACACACACACACACACAGACAACCUCUCUGCUCCAGUCUUCUAGUUAGAGGAUUGAGCACCAUCUAAAAUGGAGUCAUCAGCCCUAGCCCUGGAGAGCCGCAGAGUGUGCCAAUUUCUUUUGCUUCUCAGCUCUUAAUUGAUCCCUGAAAGCCAUCAAUUACACAUCAACAAGAGGUCAACUCAACUCACCUUGUUUCUUGGUGAAAGUGGUUUUAAGGCGCGGACAGGAACCAAUAGACUACUCUGCUCUCCAUGACCAAAGUUGGCGGCACCUGAUUUACAGCAAAACAACCAUUCCUGAAGCUUUAGCCACAUCCCUCUUUUAAAUAAUUAUCUUGGUCUGUGGCAGCCAUUUUGUUUCUGCAUCAUUUUAAUAUGUUCCCGUAUCUUGCAGACGUCUUCAUUGUAUGCGUGCUGUCUAGAAGGAAUUUUUAUCUGCUUUGUAACUAAGAAACGAAAAGGCAGGAAGGCAUGUGCUGACUAAAAUCUGCCACUGAAUCUGCUAUUGACACAGACUGCAUAUAUGCAGAUAUAUUUCUAAUAUCCAUGUAAGAUAACCAAAAGAAUCGAUUUGCACUUUUUCUUCCAAAAGCCACAAUUGUUCUUCCUUCAAUUAAAAUGAUUACAAUUGAUUGUAUUUUUGAUAUUGCUUGUGUACUGUAGUUUUUUUGUUUGUAGUGGUUUGGCUAAGAAACAGUUAUACAAGUAUGUACACCUUUUUUUUGGUUCAGUUGGAUUAUCACAAAGGCAGCAGAGCCAGAAUACUAUGUGUGCCAGGGUCAGUGGGACAGUAGAGGGUGUAAAAUGAGAUGAAGGAUGUGGAAGCUCACGUUGUCAUCCUUGCCAGCAAUGUGCAAUUAUCACCAUGUAAACAGGAACGUAAUUACACAUUGCAUUCUCCCCAUUUGGUUCCUCCAAAGUGCUUUUACUCCUUACUCCUUGUUUAAACUCACCCCUCCACCCCUCUCUCUGUCCAUCAGCUGAUUGAACUCACUCCUCCUUUCCCAGUACAUUUCCUUGUACUUUCAUUGAACUCCUCUACUGGAACCAAGUUCCUUCAGCAUGGUUUUCAAAAAGCAGUUGUUAUAAAAUCAUUUUACUUUGGCCUUUACUAACUUUUCCCUGCAAGCUUUGAUCACUGUAAGGGAUCCUUUGCUUGGUCGAUUCUCAUUAGUGGUGUGCACUUUAUUCACAUUUCUUCAUCAUUUGGCCUGGUCCGGGAGCUUUCUGUCCCACCUUUGCCCAAAACGUACGACCUGUCUCUCAGAGAAAAAGCCAUUGAACAGUGUGAUGCAUGACCAAGAUAUGUCCUGCAGUGACCGUGUAUACCAAAACUAACGCAAGAAAAAAAACGUAAGAGCUCAAAGGUGAUUCACUUUUAUUAUUAUUUAUUGUCAAGUAUAUUUACUCAUUUUCUGUGUUUUUCUGAUUAGAGACCGUUUGAAAAUAAUGGAAGUGGAGCCAAUGGAAAAUGCCAAGUGUGUGCUGUUGCAACUGUAUCCCAUCCAAAAAAGACAGAGAUCCUGUAAAGGUUCCUUGUGCCUAGAUAUUAACAUAAAUGUAAUGACACAUUUUUACUAAGCGAUGCAGAUUACUUCCGAAAACAUUACAUUUUUUGACCAUGCCUUUUUUUGCAGUUUUAUUAGUUAAAGGGAUAUCACAGUGCCUUCUUAUAGUUUGCUCAAAUUCAUAAUACUUUUCUGAUAUCACUUAUUUUGGGUGUAGCUGGUUCAAUAGUCUGAUGGUUAUAGAGUAAACAUGCAUAUAAAUAAAGAAGAUAUGAAUACAUGUAUGGAUAUAUUCAUACAGUAUAUGAAACCUAGCAACCAGCAACACAUUUCUCUGUGCUCAUUUUAAUUGUUUUUUUUUUUUCCUUUAAAGCCUGUAUUGUACCAAAUUAUAUGCUAAAUGAUUUUUAAAAUGCAAACACUUGGUAUCUGUUCAGUUGUUAUUGUAUACACUUUAUUGUAUAAUCAGAUUAACACACUAAGAUUUAAACAAAUGGUAAUUUUCAAAAUAAAAAAGUGAAACUGAAA